AUGGUAACAACAACAACAGCCUCUACCAGAUCUUUCCUAACUAAAGAAGUAGAAUCAGUCAAAUUAUAUAGACAACUCUUGUCCCAUAACCAUGGCCGAUCAGGAGAAGAAGAUGAACUCGCGAUCGACCCGUCUCUAAUAUUCGACAAUUCAAAACUCAAGCUUGCUUACAUUGCCUUGCAAGCUUGGAAGCGUGUCAUCCUAUCCGACCCAUAUGGCGUAACUAGAAAUUGGGUUGGAUCCAAUGUAUGCAACUACAACGGCAUCUUCUGUGCACCUGCACCCGACUGCCCACGCGAACUAACUGUCGCCGGAAUCGACGUCAAUCAACAGAACAUUGCCGGACACCUCCCUGAGGAAUUAGGCCUACUAUUUGAUCUAGCUUUGUUCCAUGGCAACUCCAACCGCUUCUGCGGAACGGUUCCUUACACUUUUGUAAACCUGAAACUCCUAUUUGAAUUGGAUCUCAGCAAUAACCGAUUCUCCGGUAGGUUUCCUACUCACGUCUUGCGCUUGCCGGAGCUUAAGUAUUUGGAUAUUCGGUUUAAUGAAUUCGAGGGGAAGCUGCCGGAGGAGCUGUUUGAGAAAGAACUGGACGCUAUUUUCUUGAACAAUAAUAGAUUCUCGUCGAAAUUGCCUGAGAAUUUUGGGAAAUCGACGGCUUCUGUUAUUGUGCUUGCGAAUAAUGAGUUGAGGGGUUGUAUUCCUAAGAGCUUGGGGAAUAUGUCGGCGACAUUGAAGCAGAUUAUACUGUCGAGGAAUGGGUUUCAGUCGUGCUUGCCGGAGGAAUUGGGGGAGUUGAAGAAUCUGACUGUGUUGGAUUUGAGUUUUAAUCAGUUGGUUGGGAAUUUGCCGGGGAGUAUGAAGGAGAUGAGGAGUUUGGAAGUGUUGAAUUUGGGUCGGAAUAUGUUUUCUGGAGAGAUUGGUGAUGAGUUGUGUGAUCUUCCCAGGUUGGAGAAUAUUACUUAUGAUGGUAAUUAUUUUAAGGAUGAAUCAACCAUUUGUUUGAGUUCGGCGGAUUUUGAUGAUCGGAGGAAUUGUUUUUCUGGAAGGCCUUUUCAGAGAUCAAGGAGACAAUGUGAUGGGUUUUAUUCACUACCGCCUACUGUUUGUAAGUGUAAUGGUGCACCCACAUUAACACCACCAUCACCAUCAUCACCGGUGUUGCCUGUAAUCCCGCCUAGUCAAUCAUCGCCGCCAGUGGUAACGCCAGUAACGCCGCCGACUAGUCAGCCAUCGCCGCCAGUGGUAACGCCAGUAACACCGCCGACUAGUCAGCCAUCGCCGCCAGUGGUAACGCCUAGUCCUUUUUCACCGAUCUCACCAUCGCCAUCAUCAGUUCCUCCAUUACCAUCGCAAUUAAGUCCCUCAGGGCAAUCUUCUUCUUCUUCUCCAUCCCCCUCACCAACAGCAAUAAUAUCACCUGAAAGACUGCCACCUUCACCUUCACCC